AAAUUAUUGGCCAACCCAAUUGUUUGUUUUUGAACUGGUGGUAGAGAGUGAAACCAAAGUACACCAACAUAUCCACUUUUUAGUCCGGCUUGUGUGUCAUGAAUUUGAUGAUGAACUCCAUCAAGAGUUAAUGGGCACAGUUUCUCUUCCAUUUUGGUUCCCACAAACACAAUGGGUUUCGGUUUCAGGCUAAAUCUCAAGUGGGGUUUUCCUAUUCAGUCUCAUUCCCUCACCAAUUCACCCUCCAGACUUUCCUCAUCUUAUGUUAGAGGCAAGGAGGCUUCUCUCAACUUGACAAGGCAGUCUUUUGUGUCUGUUAUUUCUGAGGAGAGUGAGACAUUUUAUAAAGAUCCUCUGAAAGCAGACACUUGUUCAGCUGCAGCUCCACUCUUCACGGAGAAUAAUUUCUCAGAAAUGGAGGACAUGAAGAAAAACAUUAGGAAGAGGUCAUACAGUAGUCUACGUAACAUGAUUGAUGAUACCCAGGUACCUGUUGAAGAGGACAAAUUUACUUCCUGCACAAGCUUACAAGGGAGCAAGGAAGCAAAUUUUAAUUUGUUAAUGGAAAAUCUUCACGUUUUAGAGGAAACUUUUGUUGAUUCGGACGUGCUAAGGUUGGAAAGAGAUAUUCUGCAGCAACUAGGAAGGCUUGGAGCUAUAAACUUAUUCAAUACCUGUCUAUCAAGAACGGUUCAAAUCUCAAAUCUAUUGGAUUUGUCUGACAUACCUACUGAUUAUACAGAGCACGAGAAGAAAAGCAAAACAGACGAGAAUGCAGAAGAUGAGAUGAAAGGCAAAACAGAUGAUUGCAUAGGUAAAGUUGUUGUUCGCUCCAGGAAAAAGAGGGAAAGAAAAUCAAGAGGAAAAAAAACAUUGGAAAAUGCCUGUGAAACUUCUCUUCUGUUAUUGCCUUCAAAAACCAUUCAGCAACGUUUUGGACAGCCUAAUGUUUCAUCUGUAAAAAGGGCAUCAAGUUCUAGAAGUAGAAGGCUUAAGAUUUCUAGGAAUGAGGCUGAAAUGUCAACAGGGGUUAAGGUGGUUGCAAACUUGGAGAGAAUCAGAAGAACUUUGGAAGAGGAAACUGGGCGAGUAGCCACCAUAAGUUGCUGGGCAGAAGCAGCUGGACUUGAUGAAAAGGUGCUGCAGCAGAAUUUGCAUUUUGGUUGGUAUUGCAGGGAUGAGAUUAUAAGGAGUACUCGCUCCUUAGUUCUAUACCUUGCAAGAAACUAUAGAGGCCUGGGAAUAGCCUUGGAAGAUUUAAUUCAGGCUGGAAAUCUGGGAGUGCUCCAAGGUGCUGAAAGGUUUGAUCAUACUAGGGGUUACCGAUUUUCAACCUAUGUCCAGUACUGGAUAAGGAAAUCAAUGUCAAGAAUGGUAGCACAGCAUGCUAGGGGAAUUCAAAUUCCUUACGCAUUGUGCAGUGCAAUAAAUCAGAUACAGAAAGCUAAAACAGCCCUUAACAGUGGCCACAAGAAAUACCCAGAUGAUGAUGAAAUUGCAAAGCACACAGGUCUUUCUUUGGCUAAAAUUAGAUCGGCUAGCAAAUGCUUAAGAGUUGUGGGUUCAAUUGAUCAGAAGAUGGGACAUUGCAUCAAUAUAAAAUAUAUGGAACUUACACCUGAUAUGUCGGUAAAGAGCCCGGAAGAAACUGUCAUGAGGCAACACAUGAUAAAAGACAUUCAUGAUCUUUUGAGAGGCUUGGAUUCAAGAGAGAGGCAAGCGUUGUUCCUACGGUAUGGUCUUAAGGACAAUCAGCCUAAAUCACUUGAGGAAUCUGGGAGGCUUCUUUGUGUGACCAAGGAGUGGAUGCGGAAAAUUGAAAAGAAGGCUCUAACAAAGCUAAGGGAUGAAGAUAUCUGCAGAAAUUUAAGCCAUUAUUUGGAUUUGUAGUUUCAGCUCAGAAGCUCCAAUAUUGUCUGCCUUUUAAGUUGAGCUUGGAGUUAAUUUUCAACUUUCUUAGGCUAGAUGAAUUGUUAUAGAAACCCAAUAGAGCUAGGGUCCUGACGAGAUCUAAAACUGCACACAAAUUAUGAGUGGAUUUUGUGAGUUCUCAACCCAGGAAUGUGCACAUCAUCAUUCCAUGAUGAUCCAUGAAUGCAUUUUUCCAUCAA